AUGGAUCCAACUCUUGCCGCCCGCUUCGCUCGCCAGAAGGAGAAGCAUGAAAAGGGCGAGGAGGUCGCCGAGAUUGGAUCCCGAGCAAAUCAAACGACACAGUUGGAUCCUGUCCUGGCGCAAAGAUGGGAGAAGCUGCAGACAGGAAAAUGCGCAGUGGAAGAUGACAUCGGUUCCAAAGCGGAAAGAACCGUGAAGCUGGACCCAAAGCUUGCGAAACGCUGGUCUCAGCAACAGGAGCUGGUGGACUCAGGGCUCUACGAAGUUGAAAUAGGUUCCACGGCAGACCAAUCAACGAAACUGGAUCCUGUCCUCGCCAAGCAUUGGGCAGCAGCCCACGAAAGGUCUUUGGCAGGCAAGGAAUACCCAGACCCGGAAGAAGCAGGUCCCAAAGUGGACUUCUCGAGGAAAGACACAGAGCUUGCAAAGCGAUUUGCCAAGUUGCAGAGACAAGCCCAAAGGAACGAAGGUGGAGAGGCAAAGAGAUGUCAGCUGCAAUUUUCUGCUGGAGAGGUGAAGAAGCACGAAGUCUCCUGGAGCCGUGAUGGUGCAAGCCGCCUGCAGUGGAGCGCAGUGGUCCUCGAAGACCUCACAAUCGAUUUGGAAGUUUGUGCAGUGGUUCGAAUACCGUGUGCGGAAGAGAUGACGGAGACAAUCGUGCUGCAAAGGAAUGCCCGGGGAGGCACGUUUGUGGGCACACUGGACGCAAGAUCUGACAGGAGGCUUCUAGUCAGACAAGGUGAAGAGCAGUUCAGGAGGGAAGUCAUUUCCGUCGUCUUCAAGUUUAGCAAUUCUUUCAGUUGGUUCACGGGGAAAGAGGUCGAGCUAGUCUUUCUUCAGGAUUGA